CAAAGAGACGAUGCUGCAAAUUGCAAAACGCGUGUGGAUCUCCUGCGCAGGCUUGAAAUACCGCUAACCGUCGUUUUUUUUAAGAUAUACACUCCAGGUUUUGUUCACCUUUUGUUUACGGAUACGCUGCAUUCAAUGUGACACGCGAUGCAAGGAGCGCGAGCGGUUUAAGCGCCUUUAAUGUAGAUGAGGAGACAGCGUUGCCUCCUCUCAGGUGGUUCCAGUCAGAGGAGAAACCGCAGCCUGACUUGGGUUAGAUUUCAGCUGGAGGGAUGGUGGCGGAGAUGGCCAACUAUGGAGCAGCGUGCCACCUGGAAGACGGAGACACAGAGGUUCCUGCCCUGGAGAGCAAAGAAAACGCUUCAGAGGGCGACAGUAGCAGUUCAGAGACUGCAGGAACGUCCAGUGAGGACAGCUCAGAGGGGGAGGAGGACGAAGAAGAAGAUGAGGAGGAGGAGAAUUCUGCUGAAGUCGGUGCUGAAAGGGAUGCAGGAGACAGUCAAGAGGUCAAGACAUGCGAAUAUAAAAAUGGGACUUCAGGAUCUGACGAAGCAGCAGCUGUAAAUGGGAAAGACGAAUGGCUGAUUUUCUGCUGUGAAAAAUGCAAAGCUGUCCGUCAGACCCAUGGGACAGAGCUGGUUUCUCCUCAGAGGAUGUCAAAGGGACGUUUCCAGUUGCAGCUUGAAGGCGAAGGCACAUAUGAGUGCUCAGUUACUGGUCUGGUUUUUGAAGCGAGCGAGCAGGUUCUGGUGCGGUACUCCAUCCUAUCUUGGUCCAAAUUUGACUCUUUAUUGCCGAACUCCUGGAAAUUCGCUGGACCAAUCUUCAACGUGGACACGGUCAACAAGGACGCGUCCGUCCUUACGUCUAUCCAGUUCCCCCACUCCAUCUGCUUAGCCCAUCCAGAGGAAGACUUGAAAUUCAGCGUCCUACACAUUAAGCACGACCGUCCGCUCAUCGAGCCGACCGCAGACCACUCAGGAAGCCACGUGAAGUGGAAAGUGACCUCCCUGUCGCCGGUUGGCCCCAUCAUUCAGAAGACGGGAUCUGUAGAGCACCACGGGGUGGUUCUGGUCUACAAGCAGCUUAGUGACACCGACAACUACAGCUUCCAUGUCUACAUGGCAACAAAUAGUGCAUCUGACAUUAAAGAUGUAGCCAAACAACUCCGGGGUUACAAGAAUCGAUACAUCAAGAUUGAUAAGCCUCCCACGUGUAAAUUGGAAGAGGGGACGUAUCGCCUCGUGAGCGAGCCGGAGGGGGAGAUCAAACCUGAGGUGCUGAAGUUCACACUCGCUGUCACCAAGAUGAAAGGCUACUUUGAAGCCUUCUUUGAGGAGAGGCCUCCUUUUAAAUUAUCUCUAAUAGAGAUUAACACGGAUGAAACUGUCUGGUCUGCCACCAUCAGAGAAGGCGACUGUGUCGACGACUCAGAAAAAAAGCCCAAGAAAAGGAAAAACUCCGGCAGACAAAGAAGCAGCAGUGCCUCAGAGGAGGAAACCGGCUGUAAAAGACCUAGAUGGCAGGAUGAGUCAGAUGGAUUAAAAACAGGGAAGACUCAGAGUGACUUGUCAGAUAAGCAGCUGAUGCAGGUCGCCCGUCAACUUGGUUCAGAAUGGAAACAGGUGGCCAUCUUUCUGGACUUGGAGUCCAAGGAUCUGGACGACAUCCAGGUAAUAGAAAAGUGUGUUUACAUACAGAAGCUGAAAAUGCUGGUGGAGUGGAAGAAAAGGCAUUCUGGAAAGGCAACUGCUUACCACCUUUGGGAGAGUUUAAAGGAUUUGGACUUCUUGCCCAGCGAGGUUUGCCAACUGCUGAAAGGCAUGAUGGAGACCCAAGCUGCUAAAUAAAGCAGACAAACUCAAACACUUGUUGCGCCAUCAAAUGGAUGCACCAAGGUUCAUGGAUGUGCAGUGUUGACCUGUGGACCAAAUUUUAGUUUUCCCCCAUUUGUUUUCUAGACUUGAGUUUUUAAAUCUGAAUGUAAAACAUUCAGAUGAGGGACUUUGUUUUCUGUAAAGACUACAGACACAUUAAGAUGUCUUUAUGUAAAGCUUUGAAAGCAUCACUCAGAGGUCACAUGUUCGGUAGCCAAUAAUGUAGCCAGUAAUAAAUAAACAUGUUGGUGAUGUAGUGCAGCAACUGCAAAAAUCAGGAAAAAAUUUAAUGUUUCAGUAAAACUUUGUGAAAUCAGGCAUUAGAACGGAUCUGUGUGUCUGUGUAAGAUUUAUUAAGCUUUUAUACUCUUGUACAUCUUUUCCUGUACAUAUGAUUUUGUAAUACUUUUUACAAAUACCUUUUUGUAGAGUUGUGUUUUAUUUUUCUACAUCAGUUUUGACUGUAUAUCUGUUGGACUUAUUUUGUUUUCUAUGACCAUCAUGAAAAACAUAAUUUCAGAAAGCUUAAGUUUAAAUGUAGUUCAGGACUAUUCCUCUUGUCUUCAUAUUCUGUUUGUAAAGUUCAAAAUAAUCUGUUUUUUCCAGAUGGGUUCUGUACAUAUCUUUCUAUGUUAAGGCUGGGCUUUAGUUUUCUGGCUGUGUGGGCAGCUGAAACCUGUAAAUAUUUUUUUUCUAAAUCCGCUUUUAGAAAUUAGUUCCAUAGAUUUAAAACCACUAUGACCAGAAAAAAAGACUUGACUGUAACGUUUCUUAGUUACAUGACUUGAAAUAUUAAUGUUCUUCACUUAAAGAGAACAGGUAAAGCAGCUGUAUUUCUGAUUUUCUUUUAUUUUUUUUUGUUGUCUUCCAUUUUGGAGAUAUUAUGCAUACAUUCAGAGAGGCACCUUUAAAGAAGUUACAGCUGAUGUUCUCAUUUGUUCUCUUUUUUUUUUUUUUUAGGUCUGAAUCCCUCCUAAGAAUUUAGCAGUAAUGUAAACUGUUAAAAGGAAUAAAAUGGAUGAAUAAAAUGGAAUUUUAUUUACAUUUA